AGAGGUUCCCAAACUGUGGGUCGCGACCCAAAAGUGGGUCGCGAUUAUACUUUUGGUGGGUCGCGCUAUUUUUUUAAAUAAUACAAAAAUAUAAUCAUCUAUUACUUUUCGUUGAUGUUCAAAGUUCAAAUUCAGUUUUAUCGUCAAUCCUUAUCUGUGAGUGUGACAAUUACGAGUUUACCAGCGGCCGUGUCAAAUCGACACAAUCAGAUUAAUAAAGAAUAGUUAUUGUAAAUAUAACGAUUUACCUAUCUGAAACAAAUUAGUAGAUACGUGAAUGUCGCUUGACGUUCAAAACUUUUGAUUAUUUUCAGUAACACGCGGCACAUCGAAUACGAUACACGUACGCAGUUUUAUAUUAAAUAGUACUUUUUGUUUUAAAUAAAUUCAUUUUUUGUACUAUGGACAAUUGGUUAAACAAAAAGUCAAUGAGUCAAAGUCAAGAAAAAAUGGAGACAAUAUCUGUGUCAACAGUCAAAAAAAGAAAAUUAAAUUACGAUGAGCCUUCAACAAGUUCUUCGGAAUUAAAACAAAAAAAAACUUGCAGAAAAUAUUGUCCGGAAUAUUUGCAAAUUGGAUUUACGUGGAACGGAGACGAAGAAAAUCCACGACCACAAUGUGUUAUUUGUGGAUGUAUACUUGCAAAUGAGAGUAUGCGACCAAACAAAUUACAUCGACAUAUCGAUACGAACCAUCCAGAAAUGAAAGGUAAACCACUCGAUUUUUAUAAAAAAAAACUAGAAUCUCUAAAAACAUCCAAAAAUAAUAUUUUUAAUUUUACUGCAACUACCCAAAAAGCUACGUACGCUUCAUAUAAAAUAUGUUUACGAAUUGCUCAAACUGGUAAGCCUCACACAAUUGGUGAGUCUUUAAUUUUACCAGCAAUCAAAGACGCAGUCGGAAUCUUGUUUGAUCAAAAAUGUUUAAAAGAAGUUGAAAAGUUAUCGCUUUCAAAUAAUACAGUGUCGCGUAGAAUCGAUGAAAUUUCUGAAUGGGUAGAAAAUAAACUGAUUGAAAGAGUUAAAUUGAGUAGAUGGUUUUCAUUACAGCUAGACGAGUCCACAGAUAUCCAAGGCUUAUCUCAGAUGAUUGUUUUCGUACGUUACAUAUGGAUGAAUGAAUCUCACGAGGAUUUUUUGUGCUGUGAACCGAUUAUUCGAGGUACAAGUGAUGAAAUUUUUAAUACUCUUAAUACCUAUAUAACAGCGAAAGGAAUUGAAUGGACGAAAUGUGUCGGGUUAUGUACGGACGGCGCCCGAGCAUUGUGUGGUAAGAACAGUAGUGUUAUUACUAAAAUUCGUGAAAUUAACCCUAAUGUGCCAUGGAUGCACUGCAAUAUCCAUAGGGAGGCAUUAGUAUCAAAAUCUUUGUCAGAUGAUUUUAGAAGUGUAUUAAACACGUCUGUAAAAAUAGUAAAUUUUAUUAAGGCAAGGCCGUUACAGUCCCGUUUAUUUGAGAAGCUUUGCGAAGAAAUGGGCAGUAUUCACAAAUCACUUCUCCUUCACACUGAGGUACGUUGGCUAUCGAGGGGGAAAGUUCUUACAAGACUUGUCGAACUUCGCGAAGAAGUCACUUAUUAUUUGGACGAAAAAAAUGAUUACGUAAAAUUCUUACGUGAUGUGAAGUUUAUUUUAAAGCUUACAUACUUAGCAGAUAUAUUUUCUAAAUUAAAUGAACUUAAUUUAUAUUUGCAAGGUAUAGGCGGAGAUAUAUUUUCAGUUCACGACAAAAUUCGAGCAUUUAUGAAAAAACUUUUGUUGUGGAAAAAUAAUAUUGAAAACAAAAUGUUUGACUGUUUUGAAUCAUUUUCUAAUUUCAUAAUUGAAAAUCAAAUAGAAGUUGAUGAUAGCAUUAUUACAUCUAUUUCUGAUCAUUUACAAACACUAAAAGAUAAUUUUGAUUCAUAUUUUCUGAGUGAAAUGGAGAACUAUCAACAAAUGAAAUGGAUUUCAAAUCCUUUUCAAGAACAUGACAUGACAAGUGGGUUAUCAAUAAGAGCUAAAGAAGAAUUAAUCGAACUAUUUGAAGAUAGUGUGUUUAAAAUGAAUUUCAAUCGAAAAAAAUUAAUAAGUUUCUGGUUAUCAGUUCAAGAAAAUUAUCCAACUGUUUCCAAUGAAGCUGUAAAGAUGCUACUCCCAUUCAUUUCAUCAUAUAAUUGUGAGGUUGGUUUUUCGGCAAUGGUUGCUAUUAAAACCAAAUUACGGAGCAAAUUGAAACUUUCAAACUCACUGCGUCUCAAGCUAACCAAUGCUGAAGUGGAUAUCGAUGAUGUGAUGAAAAAAAAUAGGAAACAAUUACAUCCUUCACAUUAAAAUUAUAUACUUAUUAAAUUUUACUAAUAUAUUAUACUUAUUAUACUUUUUUUUCGUAAUUACAUAAAAUUUUAUAAAA